ACAGCGAAGGGGGCGGGCUCUUAUUCAAGGAGCGCGAACGGUUAAGGACAGACGGCGACGGAGGAAAAUGGCGGCCAUGGAGGGACGUAGCGUGUUAUGGAAAGCUCUUUUGCAACAUAAAUAGUUAUUUUUUGGCGUCUUUUCCACCUUAAAUGCCAUGUUAUAUCGAAAAACCAACGAGGACUACAUAUAUGCAACACUAUAAAUCACGUGAACUUGAGUGUUUUGUGGUAGAUAUGCUAACUAGCUAGCUAGUUAGCAGGAUAAGCUAGCUAGCUAGCGUUAGCCUGACCUGUUUACAUGGCUUGUGGUUGUCAGGGACCCUGCAGAGGACGUCAUGGCUCUGCACAACGUGGUGUUUGUGAUAGAUGUGGACUCAGGGGAUCAGCUGGAGGUGGUGGAGGCUCAUCUGGUGAAAAGAGGGAUGCUGCAGACCCUCCUGCACUUCGGCUACACAUAUGGGUUUGACAAGGUACGAUGGGGUUAUAAGUUCUUCCACUCCAGGACAGGUCGCAGUGCAGGCCUCCUAUCCAGGGGGUCAGACUUCAAGGAGCUGCAGCACAAAACCUUUGAGGACUUUGAAGUGGAGUUUGACCUGAGGGACAAACCCUGCACGUCCCAGCAGCAGAAGAAGAAGCAGUGCAGUGUCUCUGUCCAAAAAGCACUCAAAGAGACACUGCUGGACUUCCAGUGGGACAGACCAGACAUCACAUCUCCCACUAAACUGUCCCUGAGGUCAGCUGGGAAGCCAAGUGUUUCACAUGAGGAUGAUGUUUCUAACAAUGGUAGGAAUGUGGUGUUUGUUGUGUCAGAGUGUCCACGGUCCAGGACUCAGCUUGUGGACUAUCUGUCUUUGGGGAGCCGUGACCUGCCCACAGAUGUGACAGAGCUCAUAAUACCCAGGGGCCUCCACGACAUGCUGGUGCAACGACAGGUGGUGCUGCACUGGAUUGACAGCAGAUCACAUGCUCAGAUCACGCGUUGUGAGGAUCACCUCGGCUUUGACAAGCUGUCGGGGGUCCUAGCUCAGCUGGGCGGCAGAGUGAUCCCCGUGGUUGCACUGCUGAACCUCUGCUCCAAUCAGAAUCCAAACGCAGGCUUCAGGAGAGAGACUUUUGCAUUCAAGUCCAGCAUCGGAUACCUGCUGUCAUCUGAAAGGCUCCACCGCUUGGCUUUUCCUGCCAUAGGCGGUGUUCUGCGGUGGGAACAAGGUGACAUGAAGCAGAGCUGUGGCAUCAUGGUUGAGCCAGUGUCUCGCAGACAGAGGCUUCUCCCAGAGUCGGUGGAAGUGCGUCUGAAAGGAGUGCUGCAGGACUGGGAUGACUCCUCACUGACGCAGACAUCCACAGAGUCAUGGGUGCUACAGUGCUCCAGUAGCAGUGACCAGGGAUCAGCUGCUGCCUUCCAGAAUCUCCUGAAGGAGCUGUCUUCUCAUAGUCUGCACAUGCUUUCUGAGGUGAAUGACAGCGGCCUGGUGUGCUCGGCUAUCCUCUCGCCCAUGUCGAAUUCUACAGCUCUGCUCACCAUCCUCCAGUCUGGAGUCACUCAGCACGAUCAGUUCCUGACCACCGAAAUCAUCGCCCCUGCCACAGCAGAAACCUCGGCUGACCUGCCAGAAGUUGUGAGCAGUGUUCUGGGAGUAGUGUAUGACAUCAUGGAGGAGGAUGAGGAUGAGGACACUGUUGAUGACCAACCAAAGGAUCAUCAGGUUCCUGAGUGGGCUCAGCAGGAAGUCAGCCUUUGCCCGCUGACGACAUGUGUGCUGGACAGUUGGUUCCCUCAGUCCGACCAGUCAGGAUUGAGUUCCCAUCUAAUGGAGUCAAUGAGGUUGCUGGAUGCAGUGCCUGAGCAGAGAGAAGAGGAGGAGUUGUCUGUCCUACAGCAGGAGCUGAUCAGUGAUCUGGCUGAAUUGUAUCAAACAUCCCGGGGCGCAGACGCCAAGAGGGGAAAGAAACGUGGCGCCCAACGCACACCGGUGAAACAGAAGAUGAAGACAAUGAGCCGCUCCCUGCAGAUGUUGAAUGUGGCGCGGCUGAACGUCAAAGCCCAAAAAGACCAGGCCGAGGCUGAGCAGCUUGGCGCCGAGGUCAGGGGGCCCGACAGACCGGUGAAGAGACGUUCAAGUGACAGGAACAAAUCCGGAGGAACCAAAACCAUCAGUUUCUCUAGUGAGGCAGAGCUGCUGUCUCAUCUGAAGUGCAGCUAUGAGAAGACGAUGGCAGAGAGAGACUCCUCCCUCCUCACUGGUGUCCAGCAGCUCCUGUUCGCUGUGAAAGCCUUCCUCGUGACAGAAUCAGACCUGCAGGUAAAGACGUCCCUGUUUGUCCAGCAGCACCUUCUCAAGUCCAGCAAAUCAGUGAGGCAGCUCUAUGGCACAUCUGCUGAUGUCGAUGGCAAAGUCAGAGAGUGCAAGCUUCAGGCAUUGCUGAGGCUGGAGUUGUGCAGACUUUUCUCCACGGAGCAGUCUGACUCACUGGAUGUUGAUCAGAUGGCAGAGGAGGUGUCUGAAAUGCUCCGGAUUAUCUCUUUAACAAAAGACCCAGUUUGCCUAGCAAGGUUUCUUGGAGACGAAGUCCUCCAAGGGUUCCUGACCGCCGUCCCCAGAGUGCUUGCAGACAUCUACCAUAGUCUGGGCACUCAGCUCCCUGAGGCUCUGCUGGCCGUUCUGCCUUCUGACUUCUUCAGCGACGAGUCAGUUGCCAAGGACAGUAUUUCUCCGUCAGCCUCCUCACCUUCCCUGUCCACACACAGCAUGCUUUCAGAUGGCAGAGACGGUCUGCAGGACCUGCGGGAUCGCUCCGCCAGCAAGAGGAGGAGUGGGAUGCUGACUCGUCACCGCAGCAUGACUGAAUCAUCACAGAGUCUUCGCCAAAUAGAGAUCCCCAAAAAGACUACAAGAGCUUCCAAAUCAAAGGUCCUUGUUGCUUUGGAGAAACCUGUUGCAGAACCACAACCUAAACCUCGGAAACAAGAAACACAAGAGGUGACAAAGGUGAGAAGAAACCUGUUCAACGAAGAGAUUGUUUCCCCCUCAAAGAAAGCCAAGCUGCCAAGGAGCCAGUCUGUGUCCGCAGUGGAAGGCUUGAAACGCAAGCGGUCUCUUGAAUCUGAAGAGAGGCAAAAACUUCUGACAAAUAAAGUGUGUGAAACCCCCCACCACAAGCAAGUGUCCAGUCGACUCCUAUACAGACAGAAAAUGGGAAGGAGCUCUGUACCAACUGAGGAGUCCAUUGUGGAAGAGUCACCAGUAAAACCUGCAGACGACCUGAGAAGGAGCCCACGGUUAAAGACGUUUGCUCGAAGACACUCGAACGUCUUCUACUCGAGUUCUCAACCUCGCUCCCGCAACCUGGACAGAGCUCUCUCUGCAUCCCAGCUUUCCCUCAGCGAUGGCAAGAUCAGUGAUGUUAACGUAAAAACAGUUCGAUCUCCCAUGCGUCUUCUUUUUGGGGCUGCCCGUUCCCCCAGUCGUCCUUCUGAACAGUCUGGUGCAACCAGGCUCACCAGGUCGAGGCUGCUCACAGACUCCAGUGUCUUUGAGAGUCCAAAUAAAACUCCAACAAGGUCACCCGGCAAACGUGGGAGAGCCAUGCAAGAGAUCACAACACCCAAGACCCCUCGAACCCCAAGGUCCCCCAAAACCCCACCUCCAUCAAGGAUGCGUGUUUUCCCUGUUCCACAGAGCCCUGUGGCAGGGAGCUCUCGUGAACUUGGUAUGGCUCUGAGAGGAAGUCCUUUCAGAUCUCCAGCCAGACAGACUCUUGUGGUAGAGACACCGACAAAGGAGAGCCCUCUGAGGAGUCCACUGAAGGGUAUCCUCAGGACUCCGGUCAAGGCCUUGGAUGAAUGCCACUCUUCUUCUGGAUUACAUCUUCUCAAUAGCCCCAUUUCUAAGACUCCAAAGAAGAGUGUCACCUGGUCUCCGUCCCCUCGAAAAUGCAGAGUGUUGGAGAACAGUGUUACUUUCAAAGUGCCAGAGUCUCCUUGUACCGCAUCCCGCACUUCGCCUAGACUGUUGACAACGCCCAACAAGCUCAGCAGUCCUGGCAAAGGCACAAACACUAAAAGAGACAUUUUCAAGACCCCAGAAAAGACUUGUCAAGUGAGCCUAGUAAGGGUUUCUGAAAAUGUCAUUUUGAGGUCGUCUGAAAAACUUCACAACAGGAUGAAAACACCUGAAAAAGGUGACACUGUCAGUCCGAUGGAAAUCUCUCCUACACAUUCAACACCACCUCCAGUCCACCACCUCUCACCAAACACUAGAACUCAAUCAGAGACACCUAGUCCUUCUCACAAAAUGACAACUCGAUCUGGACGAACUCCAAGCAAAAGUUCAAACAUCGCAUCCCCGUGUAAGCCAGUAUUUACACCGGCGGGAUGUAAUAGUAUAUCGGACACUUCAGUAAAAUCUCCAGCAAAGUCCCUGCGAAGAACAAGGUCAGGUCAAGGUGCUGAAACCGCCAGACAUGGCUUAAGAUCCCAGUCUAGUGAGAAUGUUACCUCAAAACUAAACACGGAUUUUACUGAAAACUGUGACCUUGUGGAAACGAACGUGCAGUCGGGUACAAAAGACGAGGUACGAGCUGAACCUUUCCAAACCUCUGAAACGGACUCUAGUUCCCACACGGACUCACAGCAAUUUGAAUCUUCGUGUUUUAACUCCGCAUCCACAGACGAUGAGAGUAUGGACAUCGUAGACGCUGCAGUUGUAAAGACCCAGUUUAGUGGAGGUAUCAAGAUGAACAUUAGCUUUUCACGUAAGCCCUCAAAGUCAAGUGACGACUUUUUGCCGAACGCAGUCUCUCCUAAAUCACGCGCGCAACCCCAAGGCACACCUGGCCGGAUCUACGGCUUCCGGCAGACCCCGGACCGCCAACAGAGGGAGGCUGCUGCUCGUUUGGGCUACGGGAAUGAAUCCCCUCGGAUUUCAACCCCGAGAGGCCUGGCGAGACUUAGUCGACAAAAGGACAUGGCUACGCCCAAUCCUCUGACUUACCAAGUGGAACUGGAAAUGCAGACAUCAGGACUUCCCAAGCUCAAAAUCAAACGCACGGAUUCCAUGAAUGCGGGCGAUUUGGCCUCAGAUGGAGGUCCGAGCCCUUUAGUUUGUGUAAAACCUUCUCAGAUGGAAAGCCCCUUGGCUUUGUUCUCCAAGCACAGAGAUCCUGGAUGUGUUUCACCAUCUAUCUGUACUCAUGUCACUCCGGCUAAGAGCACUCCGGGAAAAGGCGGAAGCGUCCAAACUUACAUCUGCCAGUCUUACACCCCUACACGCCAUCCUGCUGGAACGAUGUCUCCAGUGGCAACUGCAGACAUCAUUCCCCUGACCCCCUCGCCUCAGAGUGUAGGGAAGGCGACCCCAGACAACUUCAGCAGCUGGCCUCGCAGGAAGAGAGCUCAGAUCGGUGUGGGCGGAGGCAAGGAUCGUGGCCUGAAGGGGGAGCCGUUGCUGGCGGAGCUGCUGGAGGAAGCUGAGCUUGGAGUUAGCAGGCUGCAGGACGUCGAGGACACGGAUGAGCUCUCAAGCAGCAAAGCGGUGAUAUUUGCUUUGGCUUCCAAACAGUCAUCCCCAGCUGGAGGAGAUGGAUCCCCUCUUUCUCCAGGGGAGGACUUGUACUGGGUGGAGAAGCUGGCUGACGGUGCGGAUCCUCAGAGAGCAGAAGAAGACAUCAUCUGGGCCGCUGGAGGUGGAGAAGUCAAGACGAUGGCGACUCCCCCCAGCUCAAAGGUGAGGAACACGGUGACGGCGAGUGCGAUUUUGGCCCUCACCAGCUCUCCAUUGUUGUUCAAGGGAAAAACGGGUUCCUCUAGUAAGAGAACGCCAAACUUUAAAGAUGAAGCCGCAUCAGGAAGGAAGAUGGACGCUGAUGGAGUGGACGGCUCUCCCUUCAGCCAGCCAAUCAGACGCUCAAACACGGGGAAGACCUACAGCAGGAAGAGGCUGCUGCACUGAACCACUAAACCGUCUGGCAAGCAAAGCAAAAAGGAUUGUCCAUCCCAGUGUUUUAAUGUGAAGCUGUGAGACUUUUUCUCAGCCGCGGUUCAUCAGCAGUGCUUUUUAUUCCCGAUCUGAAAGAUGUCUUUCAAGCACCGCCUGAAUUCAAGCACCACUUCAAAGGCUUUUCAGAUGAAUGAAUGAAUGAAUUUCCCUUUCAGUCUCCUCCGCCAACGCUGAGACUUUCUGUUUCAAACAGUGGUUUCUGUUUUUAUCAGGGCGUUUUAAGAUUACAGGUAGUUUUAGCACCGAGUUGAAAAGCUAUGCCAAGAUGUUUUAAAACUUUUCCUAUAAAUGGUUUUAUCAAAGUAUGCCAUGUUUCCUGCACGGGUCUCUGUGAAGCUAGAAUGUUUGUAAUGGUGAUAUUAUGUCAUCAUUGUUUCUCAAAAUUGUAAUAAGCAAAUUUACAAUCAAGUCUAAAGUCUAAAGUUUGUUGAUAUAAAUACUAUUCAUGUUUAUUUAUUAGUUUGUUUUGUUUUUUGUCAUAAACCUUCUUUAAAGUGAAAGGGAAGCGCCUAAUGAUUGAUUCAGAUUGUAAAUAUCUUAUGUUGCCAA